AUGUUUGCUCCCAAGCCCCUCUCAGUUUCCGAAGUAUUUAAAAGCUUGACUGAGAUUGCGAAAUCUAGUGGUGCAUCAAGUCAGGCCAAGAAGAUUGGAAUUAUAAAACGCAUGCUUACUGCUUGUAAAGGAACUGAACCAAAGUACCUGGUUCGUAGUUUAGAGGGAAAAUUGCGGAUCGGCAUGGCCGAGAAGUCAGUACUGACUGCGUUGUCUCAAGCAUUUAUCACUUGGGAGUUUGAGAAAAAUGGCAAGCGAGUUAAGGCAGAUGACAUUCAACAGGCAGAUGAGAUUGUGAAGGACGUUUGUAGUCAACUCCCAAACUAUGAGGUAAUUAUCGAAGCCAUUCUGAAAGACGGAAUUCUAAAUUUGAAAGAUGCCUGCAAGUUGACACCUGGUAUUCCCUUAAAGCCAAUGCUUGCCAAGCCAACCAAAUCAAUUACCGAAGUACUGGACAGAUUUAAUGGAGAGGAAUUCACCUGUGAAUAUAAAUAUGAUGGUGAGAGAGCUCAAGUACAUGCUACAGAGGAUGGAAAGAUCCGAGUCUACUCAAGAAACAUGGAAGACAUGUCUCAAAGAUAUCCCGAUAUUGUUUCUAUUGUACCACAUUUUAUGCCCGAUUCUAAGAAGAGUUUUAUAUUGGACUGCGAAGCUGUAGCUUGGGACCGUGAGCAACGUAAAAUUCUUCCUUUCCAGGUCCUAUCUACACGUAAGCGAAAAGAUGUUGAAGAGGGCUCAAUUAAGGUUAGAGUACACCUUUUUGCUUUUGAUUUGCUAUAUCUUGAUGGUGAACCGUUAUUGCAAAAAUCGCUCUUGGAAAGAAGGGAGCUAAUAAAAAAUAACUUCACCGAGGUUGAAGGAGAGUUCGCCUAUGCAAAGUCAAUGAAUUCAGACAAUAUCGAGGAAAUUCAAGCUUUUCUAGACCAGUCGGUAAAGGACAGCUGUGAGGGACUCAUGGUUAAGAUGCUAAAUGGCACUGAAAGCGGUUAUGAGCCUAGCAAGAGAAGUAGAAACUGGCUGAAGUUAAAGAAGGAUUAUCUGAGUGGCGUCGGUGACUCGUUAGAUCUUGUUGUUCUUGGUGCCUACUACGGUCGUGGUAAGAGAACGAAUGUGUAUGGUGGAUUUUUACUUGGUUGCUAUAACGCGGAUAGCGAGGAUUAUGAGACGGUGUGUAAGAUCGGUACAGGAUUCUCGGAAGCGAAUUUAGAGGAGUUCCACAAACAGCUGUCUACUACAGUCGUCAGUGAGCCCAAAUCGUAUAUUUCCUAUGACCCAACGCCAAGCUCACUUCCUGACGUAUGGUUUGAGCCUACCACAGUGUGGGAGGUCCUAACGGCAGACUUAUCGUUGUCACCAAUUUACAAGGCCGGUAUUCAGCAGCUUGGACGAGGUAUUUCGCUUCGUUUCCCUCGUUUUAUCCGUGUCCGUGAAGACAAGAAACCUGAAGAUGCAACCACUUCGGAACAAAUCGUGGACUUUUACCAGCGCCAAGCGUCUCUUACUAAUUAA